CCUGACAAUUAUUGGUCCUCUUUUCUUUCCAGAGUUGGAAUCUCCACAAAGGAAGACAACUUCCACGCCCACAAACUCGUGGGGAUCCCGUGGGCGCGCCUAAGACGCGACGCGCCCAGCCGCCCCCUCCCCACUCCUCUCCCCCUCCGCCCUCUACCCCACUGUGAAACGGUUGGAGGAGCUCUCUUGCUCUCUUUCUCUCUCGCCCUCUUGCGCGAAGACCCGAGCGGCAGUCGGGGGAAGGGGCCCGGGAGAUCUGCCGCGAGAUCUCGCCGGGGGGCUGGCGGCGCCACCAUGUCGAAGGCUCGGGUCCACGCCGACGUCAACGUCCACCGCCCCAAGGACUACUGGGACUACGAGUCCCUCACGGUCCAGUGGGGUGAUCAGGAUGAUUAUGAGGUUGUGAGGAAAGUCGGGAGAGGAAAAUACAGCGAGGUCUUUGAAGGUAUAAAUGUAGCCAACAAUGAGCGAUGCAUCAUCAAGAUCCUUAAGCCUGUUAAGAAGAAGAAGAUAAAAAGGGAGAUUAAAAUACUUCAGAACCUCUGUGGUGGUCCAAAUAUUGUGAAGCUUCUUGAUAUUGUCAGAGAUCAGAAUUCAAAAACUCCUAGCUUAAUAUUUGAAUAUGUGAACAGUACAGAUUUCAAAAUCUUAUAUCCCACGCUGACGGAUUAUGACAUACGCUACUACAUAUAUGAACUUCUCAAGGCAUUAGAUUACUGCCAUUCACAAGGAAUAAUGCAUCGAGAUGUCAAACCUCACAAUGUUAUGAUCGAUCAUGAACUUCGAAAACUUCGCUUAAUAGACUGGGGACUUGCCGAAUUCUACCAUCCUGGAAAGGAGUACAAUGUUCGUGUGGCUUCAAGAUAUUUCAAGGGGCCUGAACUCCUUGUUGACUUGCAAGAUUAUGACUACUCCCUGGACAUGUGGAGUCUUGGUUGCAUGUUUGCUGGAAUGAUAUUUCGCAAGGAACCCUUCUUCUAUGGCCAUGAUAAUCAUGAUCAGCUUGUUAAAAUUGCCAAGGUACUUGGUACUGAUGAACUAAGUGCUUAUUUAAAUAAAUAUCGCUUGGAGCUUGAUCCGCAGCUUGAAGCUCUUGUUGGAAGGCAUAGCAGGAGACCUUGGUCUAAAUUUAUCAAUGCAGACAAUCAGCAUCUUGUUUCUCCAGAGGCAAUAGAUUUUCUCGAUAAGCUUCUUCGCUAUGAUCACCAGGAUAGGCUUACAGCACGAGAAGCAAUGGGGCAUCCUUAUUUCCAUCAAGUGAGGGCUGUAGAGAACAGCAGGAUGCGCACUUAGGAAUGGAGAUGCAGGAGAUUUUGGUUGCGAUAUUUUAAGAAUGGACGUUGUCGUUGAUUUGGGGCACCUCUAUUUUAUAUAAACAAGUUGUCUUGCUUUAGUCAUGAUCAUUCGGCUGACAGCAGCCCCGUGUACUCGUGAUAUAUUGUACUUUCUCUAAUCGCUUUUGAUGUGUGCUCGUUACUCUUUGUAUCUUCUAGUGUGAACGCAUGUGUUAACUCCUGGUUUAUCAGGAGAUGGUUUUCCUACAUGAGCCAUUUGUGCCAGAAAAAUUUCGAGCC